AUGACCAGCGAGGCAACGCCCCUGCUGGCCAACGCGCCAGCGCCGGUUCGCGCGAGCUGCACCCCGCUCCUGGCCCUCGGCGCAACCAAGACCCUCGACGUCGACGAUCUCUACCCGAUCGAGGCCGCCCACGACGCAACGACCGUCGUUGACCGGUUCCUCGCUGCCUGGGCAGCGCAGCGAGCAUGUACGUCCAAGCCGAGUUUGCUCCGCGCCUUGUUCCGCGCCUUUGGCUGGCGCUUCUUUCUCGCCGGGCUCCUUCGGGGCAUCCGGGCGACGCUCCUCUUCACGGCACCGCUCGUGCUCGAGGCCAUGAUCGCCUUCUUGAGCGACCCAAGCGCGCCGUCGUCCCAAGGCUACGUGCUCGUCGGCGUCAUUUUUGUGUCCGGUGUCCUCCAGUCGCUGUGCAUUCGCCAGUACACGUACCUUGCGAGCGAAGUCGGCAUGUGCUUUCGCAGCGCGCUCCAGGCCGCGCUGUACCGCAAGGCGCUCACGAUCGCGCCGUCCGCCGACCGAUCGUCGGGCCAAGCGACCAACUUGAUGUCGAUCGACGCGACGCGCGUCCAGAAACUGACCAUCGACUUGCACUCGAUCUGGAUCGUGCCCUACUUGAUUCUAUUAUUGGCGUCUCGUUCCUGGCCCGGCGUCGGUGUCAUCCUCCUCUUUGUGCCACUCACGCUCCGGCUCGCCACCUACAUGAAGUCGAUCCAGAAGCGCGUCAUGACGUUGAAAGACGACCGGACCAAGCUCUGCAACGAGGUCUGGGCCGGCGUCAAGGUCAUCAAAUGCCAAGCGUGGGAAGACACCUUUCUCAGUCGCAUCGAAACCAAGCGCAAUAGCGAGCUCCGCCAGCUGCGCACGUACCUCAUCACGCGCGCGGUCUCGAACGCCAUGUCCAACGGCCUCCCGGCGUUCACGGCCGUCGCGUCCUUUGGGUUGUACGUGCUUUUGGGCCACGCCCUUGACGUGAGCACGGCGCUGACGAGCUUGGCGCUGUUCAACAUUUUGCGCCUCCCGCUGCUCAAGCUACCGGACAUGGUCAACGCAAUUCUUGAGGCGCAGAUCAGUCUCGACCGCCUGCGCGACUACCUUCUCGAGCCCGACCGCGCGCUCGUGACAUCAGGCAGCUUGUCGACGCCCGGAGUUGCCACGCUGGUCGCGAUCGUCGGGCCCGCGGGGUCGGGCAAAACGUCGUUCUUGCGCAGCGUGCUCGGUGAGGUCGCUUGUGCCUCGGGGACCGUCGCUCGGCGCGGCUCGAUGGCGUACGUCGCCCAGCAACCGUUCAUUCUGAACGCGACCGUCCGCGACAACAUCUGCUUUGGUCGGCCCUACGAUCACAAGCGGUACAACGACGCGAUCGACGUCGCGUGCUUGACGCCCGAUAUGGCGCUGCUGCCGGCCGGGGAUCGCACCGAGAUUGGCGAGAAAGGCAUCAACCUCAGCGGCGGUCAAAAGACGCGGGUCGCUCUCGCGCGCGCCGUGUACCAAGACGCCGACGUCUACCUCCUCGACGACGUUCUCGCCGCCGUUGACGCCCACGUCGGCGCUCGCAUCGUACGCGAAUGCUUCCAACGUGUGCUCAAGACCAAGGUCAUUUUGCUGGCGACGAACGCACCGAGUGCGCUGGCGGUCGCCGACACAAUCGUCGUUCUCGACGACGGCGGGGUCCAGGCGUCGGGCGCGCUGACCGACGUUGCGACCCAUCCGUAUGUGGUCAAGAUGCUGGCCGACGCCGUGCCGCCGCCGACCACCGCACCUGGCAGCGCCGAGGUGGCACCGAUUGGCGUCCCGUUGCCAGUGUCGCCAUGCGAUACAAAGCUCAUGGCGGCCGAAGACCGGACGCGCGGCUCGGUCACCGCGUCUGUCUACAGCGUCUGGCUCCACGCGUGCGGCGGGUGGCCGACACUGCUUCUCGUAUGCGCCGUGUAUGUGGUCGCCGAAGCGACCAGUGUUGCGGGGACGGUGUGGCUCUCGUACUGGUCCGAGCACGUCUCGGCGAGCACGGUGCGCUUGUAUCUGUGCAUAUUUGUGAGCCUCCAGAUGGCAUACGUCGUCGGCAUCUUCAGUCGCGCCGUCGUGCUCUACAUUGCGAGUCUCCGAGGUAGCCAGGUGAUUUUCCGGUCGAUGCUGCUGCGUGUCGUGCGCGCGCCGAUGUUGUUUUUCGAGACGACGCCGCUUGGCCAACUCGCCAACCGGUUCACCUCGGACGUCUACACGGCUGACGAAAGCCUGCCGGCAACCUGGAGCGCGCUCUUGGUGACGGCGACUACGGUCGUGUUUACCGUCGGGACGAUCGUUGCGGUGACGCCGCUCUUUGCUGUGAUUCUGCUGCCGACCGGAUAUGCGUACUGGCAGUCGCAGCGCUACUACCUCCAGACGGCUCGGGAACUUCAGCGUCUCGAGUCCAUCUCCAAGUCGCCAGUACUCUCGCUCUUUGGCGAGACGCUCGAGGGCCUGAGCACGAUUCGGGCGGCGGCCGCCGAGACGGCAUUUGCAGCGACGUUUGAUGCGCGUGUGAACCGCAACGUGCAGGCGCUCUGGCUCAAUUUUAGCGUCAACUGCUGGCUCUCGCUGCGCCUCGAGGUCGCGGGGACCGUCGUCGCGUCCUUUGCUGGGCUCUGCGCCGUGUGGGUGCACGCCCAAGGCUCCUCGGCGCUCUUCGCCGGUCUCGCCGGUGUCUCGCUCUCGUAUGCGUUCACGAUGACCAAGUACAUGACGCAGUCCGUGACCAACUACAGCAGUCUCCAGACGCAGAUGAUUGCGGUCGAGCGCAUGGACGCCUACACGCGGGUGCGCACCGAAGCCAUCGGCGGGUCGGCGGUGCCUCCGGCGUGGCCAACGACCGGCGCCGUCGCAUUUCAAAACGUCGCCCUGCGCUACCAGCCGCAUCGACCAAAGGUGCUCCAGAACGUGACGUUUGCCGUCGCGGGCGGCGCCAAAGUUGGCGUCGUCGGACGCACGGGCGCGGGCAAGUCGAGUCUCGUCGUCGCCCUCAUGCGGCUCGUCGAAUUGGACGCCGGUUGCAUCACGAUCGACAGUGUCGACGUCGCCAUGGUAGCUUUGCACCGCCUCCGAGAUGCCGUCUCCAUUGUGCCCCAAGGCCCGGUCCUCUUUUCAGGCUCGCUGCGCUACAACCUCGACCCGCUGCAGUUGUACUCGGACGAUCGGCUCUGGGCGGCGCUCCGAGACGUGCACAUGGCCACCAUCGGAUCCCUCGACGACGUCGUGGCCGAGCGCGGUGGCAACUAUAGCGUCGGCGAGCGGCAACUGCUGUGCAUGGCCCGCGCGCUCCUCAAGCAGUCGAAAGUGAUUGUGAUGGACGAAGCGACCGCGUCCGUGGACCCUGCCACGGACCGUCAGCUCCAAGCAACGAUCCGCGACGUCUUUGUCAACUGCACGUGCCUCACGAUCGCCCACCGGCUCAACACAGUGCUCGACUCGGACGUCAUGCUGGUCUUGGACGCCGGCGCCGUUGCUGAAGUGGGCCUGCCGUCGACGUUGCUCGCCAACCCCGACGGCCUUCUUUCCCACCUCGUCGGCGGCAACACUGCAGUGUAG